AGUAAACGUUCCGCCAGCUGGGAGCCGACAGCUUCUACUCUGGCCUUCACACAGGCUAUCCAAUGAGAUCUGACAAGCACCGUUCUCCUCUGGACUGUACACAAGAAGAAAAUGAGUCUUGAUGGAGACACAUUAUCUGUGAUUGAGAAUCCUGCGGCUGUCAGUCAUCCUUUCCACCAACAGAAGACAGAAGUUGGAGGGGCUAGAGAGGCCAAGGUCUACCAUGCCUGGUUGAAGUGGAUUCCUAACACUAACCAUGCCCACAGACUGGUGAGAUUCCUGGCAGCUGUGUGUGUGGUGGGACUCCUUGGAGGCCUGGCUGUAGGAGUCUGGUUUCUGGUGAGACUGCUGUUGAAGCCCACCUCUUCUCAAAGCCAGUCCGGACUGGAGGACACAAAAGACACGGCCUUCUGUAACGUGACCGAGGACAUCCCUGUGAGCGACCCUAGGAAAGUCUUUUACAGGAUCAGCCCAGAAAACUCCCUUCUGGAGAUCCAGCUGGAGAAACAGGCCACAUGGCUGCCUGUGUGCUACGAGAGAUGGAACGUGUCCUUGGGGACGUUGGUCUGUCGCCAGCUGGGAUACCUGAGACUGACCAAGCAUAAAGGAGUGAACUUAACUGAUAUUGGGCCAAACUACACGGAUGGCUUCAUCCAGAUUACUCCGGAACACAAGGACAGUCUGGAAAGCAUAUGGCAGCUCAGGGCAAGCUGCAUCACAGGGAAAGUUAUCGCUCUGCAGUGUUUUGAGUGUGGGAUGCGAGCUAAACUGCCAAGGAUAAUUGGCGGAGCUGAGGCCACGCUGGGCAGGUGGCCAUGGCAAGUCAGCCUCUACUACAGCAACCGUCACACCUGUGGUGGAUCCAUCAUCACCCGCCAGUGGGUGGUGACAGCCGCACACUGCGUACACAAUUAUCGGCUUCCUCAGGUGUCUAGCUGGGUGGUGUAUGCAGGUAUUGUCACACGCAGUUCGGCCAAAAUGCCUCAGUACACUGGAUACGCCGUGGAGAAGAUAAUCUACAACAAGAAUUACAAUCACAGGAGCCACGACAAUGACAUUGCUCUGAUGAAACUGCGAACCCCGUUGAAUUUCUCAGACACCAUCCGGCCAGUGUGCCUGCCACAGUAUGACCAUGAUCUCCCUGGAGGAACACAGUGCUGGAUCUCUGGAUGGGGCUACACACAGCCUGAUGAUGUUAAUAUUCCUGACACUCUGAAAGAAGCCCCGGUUCCACUGAUCAGUACCAAGAAAUGUAACAGCUCAUGUAUGUACAAUGGAGAAAUCAGCCCUCGGAUGCUCUGCGCUGGAUAUACGGAGGGAAAGGUGGAUGCAUGUCAGGGGGACAGCGGGGGUCCUCUGGUGUGUCAGGAAGAUAGCGUGUGGAGGCUACUGGGGGUGGUCAGCUGGGGGAUGGGGUGUGCUGAGCCCAACCACCCAGGCGUCUACACCAAAGUAUCUGAGUUCCUAGGGUGGAUCUAUGACAUGAUUGAGAGUUACUGAGUGAGAAGAUGAUAAAAAUGGAGAGAAGAUUUAAACCAGGAAGACUCAGAAACAUAGGCUCUGACCAUUUUUAUCCUGUUUCAAACUGUCAUGUUACCUGCAUAUAAUGGCAAUAGUAUGCACAAGUAUACAGCAAUCUUUUUUUACUAUACAUGUUUGUCACGAAACAUUUAAAUGGUAAUAUAUUCAUACCAUAUAUUUGUCAUGUAAUGAAAAUAAAUGAUUAUUAUCAAUAGCGUCUUUGUAUUU